AUGGCCCGCGCGCGGUCCCCGUCCGAGCUCUCAGCCCCCGUCGGCAGCGGGACAGGCCGAGCUCUGGCGCCGCCACCUCGGCUUCUGCUCGCUGUCGAGUGCGGGGCCGGGAGCCGGGCGGGCCACACGCGUCUCCCUGGGGUCCGCACCGUCCGCGAGGGUCAGAAGCCACCAGGGUCCGGAGCCCCGGCAGGAGGGAUCGGCAGAUCUCGCCCAGCGCGCCCUCCCCGGUCUCGGUUCCCAGGUCCAGCGACGCAGGCAGGAGGCGGCCGUGGCUGGGGAGCCACCUGGAGGUGGAGGGGCGGCGAGAUUGAGGGUUGCGGCCGGGGGGAGGGGAGGCGCAGCGGGGGCGAGGGUCAGAGUGGGGGAGCCGGGCAGGGCCGGGGCCGGGGGAGGGAGGGACGGGGCCAAGGUGGGGAGGUGCGGCGGGGGUGCGGGUGGGGUGUCGGGGUGGGGGGACAGAUUGGGAGAAGCGGACCGGCCGGGGAGGGAGGGUGCGACCGGAGGGUGCCAGGGCGGGGGUCAGAGUGGGGGAACCGGACCGGCCGUGGGGGGUGCAGGGCUGGGGGCCCGGGCUCGGCCGGGGCUGCCGGGUGCGGGCGCAGGCGGGCGGGGACUGGGCCGGGGCCGGGGCCGGGCCGGGGGCGGCGGCGGCGCGGGCGGCCGCGCUGCUCGCAGGGAGGGCGGCGGGCGGAGGAGGGGCUCCCCGCGCGGGGCAGGGGCGGAGCGAGCGGCCGCGCCGCGGAACCCGGCGAGUUGGCUCCGGAGCCCCCGCCGCCGCCCGCGCGGGCAUGUAGGAUGCUGGCGGGCGCCAGGUUCCAGCGGCGGCGGCGGCAGCUGCAGCAGCAGCAGCAGCCCCGGCGGCGGCAGCCUCUCCUCUGGCCGAUGAAUGCGGACCCGCCGCCGCCGCCGCCGCCGCCCUGGCUCUGGAUGGUCCCGGGCUCCGCCGGGCUGCUGCGGCUCGGAGCCGGGGUCGCGCCCCCGCCGGUGCUGCUCGCCGCGGCCCAGCCCCCCGCCGCGCCGCUGCUCCCCGGGCUGCCCGGCUGGUCAGCCCCGGGCGAGCCGGUGCUGCCGCUGCUGCCGCUGCUGCCGCUGCCCUCUGCGCCAGACCACGCCGCCGCCGCCGCCGCCGCGCACCACUACCCCUGGCUCAGCGGGCAGUGGCUGCUGGGGGGCCAUUCUGCGUCCCUAGGACUGCCUCCUGCUUCUACCGUGGAGUUGGUGCCCAUUUUUCCACACAUCGGUCCUUCUGCUCUUCCACCUCCCAUUGGGAAAAGUUGGAUAAAUAAAAGGAUACCUAAUUGCAAGAUCUUUUUAAAUAAUUCCUUUGCUCUGGACUCAGCGUGGAUACAUCCUGAGGAGUUGAGAUUGUUCCCUGGGCAUGAAAAGCCUCAUUUGCUGGCAAAUCAGGUGGCGGUGUCUCUGUCUAGGCCAGCUCCUCUCUCCAGGCCUCUUCCCACAGUGGUGGUAGCAUCUCAGCCUAUUCCAGGUGGUUGCCAUAGCAGCCUUAAGCCAAUCAGCAAUGGUUCCACCAUCGCCAUUGCUGCCGCCGCGGCUGCCACCAUGGUCUCUGUGGACCCAGAGGGCCUCCGGGACCCGUCACCCUCCAGCGUGCAGCCAUGCCACUUCCUGACCUUGGCACCCAUCAAAAUACCCUUGCGGACGGCCCCCUUCACAGAUAAAAGUAAAGAGCUCUGCCGAGCGCCCUGCCCCACCGCCCUGCUGCUGCACACAGAGAGGAAGAGCCGGGCUGGAGCCAAGGAGGACGAGGAGGCCCCGGCGAUGCUCAGGAGAGGAGAGGAUGGUGCAACCAGAGGCAGCAGGCCCGUGGCCUCCACCCCCGUGCCCGGAUCUCCCUGGUGUGUGGUCUGGACCGGAGACGACCGGGUUUUCUUCUUCAACCCCACGAUGCAGCUGUCAGUCUGGGAGAAGCCGAUGGACCUCAAGGACCGCGGCGACCUCAACAGGAUCAUCGAGGACCCGCCCCACAAGCGCAAGCUGGAGGCCUCAGCAACCCACUGCAGCGAUGGGUCUGGUUCUGAAGAUGGCAGGGAGGACCAAGACAUGAAAACCAAGCGGAACCGGACUGAAGGCCAUGAGAGUCCAGAGCCGGAGGAGGCAGAGAAAGAGGACAGAGGCGUGAGGACGCCACCUCCACAGACCCUCCUGCCCCUGGAGGAGCGGGCGACCCACUUCCGAGACAUGCUUCUGGAGAGAGGGGUGUCAGCAUUUUCCACCUGGGAGAAAGAAUUACAUAAAAUUGUGUUUGACCCGCGCUAUCUCCUGCUAAACUCCGAGCAACGAAAACAGAUAUUUGAACAAUUUGUCAAGACCAGAAUAAAAGAAGAAUACAAGGAAAAGAAAAGUAAAUUGCUGCUAGCCAAAGAGGAAUUCAGAAAACUUCUGGAGGAAUCUAAAGUGUCGCCCAGGACCACAUUUAAGGAGUUUGCUGAGAAAUACGGCCGGGAUCAGAGAUUUCGACUUGUUCAAAAAAGGAAAGACCAGGAGCAUUUUUUCAACCAAUUCAUACUUAUUCUUAAGAAACGGGACAAGGAAAACAGGCUAAGGCUACGGAAAAUGAGAUGAGUUUGUGAAGACGCAAUAAGACCCGGGUGGGCGGCAUGGGGAGUGGGGUGCGAGGGGUCUCCCGGCGCACACGGAGGCAGGGGCGGCGGCGGGGCUGCCGGGUCUCCCUUCUCAGAGGAUUACUGUUUCAUAUUGAAGCUCUCUUUUGUACGAAGUCCAGAGUUUGAUGCAUUCCUAAUUGCUAUAUGUUGAUCUCUUAAUUGUUUUAAUUAUGCAAAUUACUUGUAAUAAACACACAUUAUAAAUCAGCUGCAGGUUGGUAACUCAGCAGAAACAGGACCCAUCUAGAACAAUCUCAACACGUUUCAUCCCUUAAGACAAUUACCCAAAACCUUUCAGAAAGCCUCCGUGGAUUACUUCCUUCCCCAGGAUUCCGUGGAGUGGGAUGUCCCUCACUCCGUCCCUAGGUCUGGUCUCAUUUUCUGAGUAGUAGCGAUAGGGUCCUCAUUGUCAACCAUCAUGAUAACUGUGACGUCCCACCCGCGACCGUGAUCACUCUCAGGUUGCGAAAGGUCCAUUCCUCCAAGGGGCCCCUAGGCCUGGCCGUCACAGGUCCUCCUUACAAAAGAAUUAUUUUGUACAAAACCAUCAUAUUAAUAUUUGAGUUAUUUUUAUUGUAUGCCCAGAGUUUGCAUGAGAUUUUUCUCAUCAUCUUUGUAUAAAAAAAUUUUAAUUUUUUUUA